AUGACAACGCCUCACAUGCGCCGUGGUGACGUGGGGCUUGUUUGUGUCGUGUUUCUCAGCACUGACAAGUUGUGGGAACUUGCCGCCGCCGAGGUCCAGAGUCGAGAGAGCGGAGACGGAGAGGACGCCGGUGAUGGUGGAGGAGGAGAAGCAGUCGGAGAGAGGACCGUCUUUCUCAUGGGAAGCAAGGCCGGGGGUAAAACGUCUAUUCUACUCAGAUGCCUGGACAGGGAUGAAGCAGCUAAGCCCACAUUGGCUCUGGAGUACACGUUUGGCAGGCGAGCUGCAGGACACAACACGCCCAAAGACAUAGCCCACCUGUGGGAGCUGGGUGGAGGGACCUCCUUAUCCGAUCUGGUGCAGAUCCCCAUCACUGCUUCCAGCAUCAGAUCGCUGUCUGUCAUUGUGGCGGUGGAUCUAUCUGCUCCAUGCUCUCUGUGGGCCACCUUGGAAACGCUGCUGCAGGCAGCGCAGCUCCACAUCGAGCAAGCGGCAUCUCGGGCGCGACAAGUCAAUAAAAGCGGAAUGGGAGCCAAACAUCGGGCAACGGCGCCCUUCGCGGCACGCGUCCUGCCUAGAGACUACCCUGACCGAGAGCUGAUCAGCCCAUUCCCGGUCCCUCUGCUCAUCAUCGGGAGCAAGUAUGACCUCUUUCAGGAAUUGCCGUCGGACAAGAGGAAAGUGGUUUGCAAGACAUUGCGUUUUGUCGCUCACUAUCACGCUGCCUCACUCGUUUUUAGCAGCAUCAAGUCCGAGAGUCUCAUGUCCAAGACCAAGAGCUUCUUCUCCCACCUGGCCUUCAACGUGGACAUGGGAAAAACUGUGUCGUUCGACUCCACCAAACCUUACAUCAUUCCAGCCGGGUCGGACUCACUCAGCCAAAUCGGCUCUCCUCCCACGACGGAUGUGGACAUCACUUCCCUGCAUGCUAGGAACCCCAAAGACCUCUGGAAGAAAGUUUAUGAGCGCAUCUUCCCUCCUGAGAACACUAGUGAGAAGAAGGAGGUAAAGGAUCCAGCCAAAGACCCGCAAUACAGCGAGCCGCAGAUUGACGCCAUGCGGGCACAGAAUGAUCAGGAGUUGGAAGAAUACAAGAAAAAUGCAGCAAAGUCUUGGAAAGGACUGGAACUGGACUCAUAG